CAAAUAAGAGGAGGGGGGGAAAGGAAUCAUUUAACAAUUACCUUUUCAUUUGUUUGGUUUAGCAAUUACCUUUUCAUUUGUUUGGUUUAACCAUGGAAAGGGUAGUUGUUAAGAGGAGGGUAAGGGUAUUUGUAACCCCAAAUUUUUGAAAGGUAACAAAUGAGGGUAACCAUUACCCAUAGAUAAUGGUAAUUGUUAUCAUAUGCCUUCAAACCAACCACACGGUAACGAUAUUGGUUUAAUCGUAUCCGUUUCUAUUCCAAAAAUACACUAACCAAACGCUGCCUAAAUGAAUCGCAUGUCGCAAAUACUGUGCGUGCACUCUCUUCCAUCAUUCUUUCUGUAAAAUUCGAAAUCAACGUCUCUGUUUCAUACCUCCAUAAUUCUCACUGCUUUACUUGUAUCAUUUUCAGAGGGUAAAAGCUGAACUAAGUGUUUUUCGAUAAAGAAGAUGGUAGCUAAAGAAUGCAGCUGAAUAAUCUUGAAGAUGUUUCUGCAACUUCUCAACAUUCUGUUUCAGACAAUACUAAUACAUCUGACAAGGAACAGAAUGCUAAAGCUGUUGUUGAACAUCAGAUUGCUGGAUACAUAUUCAUGUGCAAUGCUGCAACAAAACCAGAUUGCUUCAUCUACAGGGUUUUCGGUCUUCCAGCUUCAAGGAUGAAGUUUGUAGAGAAAAUUAAACCCAAUACUAAGUUGUUCUUGUUUGACGUUGAUGUAAGGCUUCUUUAUGGACUUUAUUCUGCCACAUCAAGUGGAAUGAUGGUAUUAGAGCCAUGCGCUUUUGGGGGAAAAUUUCCUGCACAGGUUAAGUUCUCAAUUGCUAGGGAAUGUUUGCCUUUGCCAGAGGUGGCUUUCAAAGAUGUUAUCAAAGAAAACUACUAUAGCAAAUUCAAAUUCAAGCAAGAGCUCAAUGAUGAGCAAGUGAAUAAAUUGGUUUCACUAUUACGUCCGAUGACUGUAUCAUCACCAAAGAGACCAUCUCUAGAAUUCUUGGAUGGUGUGAGAACUGUGUAUCAAAAGUACGUGGGACCAAGCCUGCAAGUUACCAGACAUACGAACAUGGACCAUGAAAGAAGUGUCCUAGGAGUUCCACAAGCUGCCUAUGCCAAUAGUUAUGGCCAAAAGCCAAUUUCUCACUGCACCAUAUCUCCAGUAUCACCUGCUGUGGCACCCUCUUCUACUUUGCCCUCAUCCUUACAAGCUUCUCAAUGGGUUGCUAUUGCUGCUGAAUCCCUGAAUGCAGAAGACCGAAAUUCCAGUCUCACCCUAAACCCAAGCGAUGUACCUGUUGUCAGCCCUGCCGCCCAUGCACACGUCAUACAAUGAUUCUAAUGGCAGAGGAGUAGUAGGCUAUGGAUAUCAAAAUCUAGCGUAUAAUGGUUCUCAUCAAGCAUCAUCUGUGAUCACUGAUCGAGGAGUCAACAAUAGGCCCAUCCAUUCAUAUGAUAUGCACCCCCAUUACAUAAGUAGCCAUUAUACUCAAAAUCAAGGUGAUUCAGCUAUUCCUCGUACAUGGGCAUCAGGAAGCAGUGGUGUGUGUGCUGAUAAUGCACAUAUGUUUCACAACAGCAGUAACCAUCCAGCCUCCUUAAGUUCCAGCAAUUAUCAUACUCUAGUUGAUCCUUCUUUGCCUCAGCUACGAUCAUCAGUAAGUGGAGUGGCUGUUAGUAAUCCAUAUCUGCAAUUCGAUGGCGCAAACUCUGAAACUUCGAAUUGUGCGUAUGGAAAUCAAGGCUUCUACAACUGCCACCAAACAGUUGUUCCAGCUGUUCAACAAGCCAUUAACGUCCCUACACAUGCAUCUGAAAUGCACCAAGCCUAUAGGGCUACUGUACCUCAUGGCUAUGUGAGUCAAAAUUACUAUAGCUCAAUUUAAAGUUCCAGCCUUGCCUGAACAAGUGCUGAUCUAACAGUGGGCUUUGCGUAAAAUUCCGGUUCUGAGGAUAUUCUGACUUAGUAUAUGUUGAUAGAGAUUGCAGAGAUUGUGUAUAAUUGACAUUUGCUAACGUGAAUAAAAGUGUAUGCUGCUGGUUCUAUGCUGACAGAAGUUGUGGAUAAUAAACAAUUGACAGAAUUGCUUGCUUGCCUUUUGUUGCUCAAACACUGAGUAUUUAGUUGAAUUGAGUUGAGAUAUGUUGUAGUCA